AUGAGCGAGGCAUCAAACCCGGAGCGAGCUGAGCUCGCGCAAGAUGCGAGCAACAUUGCCGUGGCUACAGUCUCACACGACGCAUCCGAGGAGAGAGCAGCGAAGCGGCUUAAGAUGGACGCCUCAGCUGAAUCCGAGACUGUCGAGUUCGCAGAGCCACAGGUUCCCGGAGAGGGUCUGCAUGACGCCCCUGCCAAGGAAAACGAAGCACGGCCAGACAACCAUGCAAACGACGCCAGAGACCGCCGAGCUGGGCUGGCUCCCGUCAAGAAGGAGUAUCUCAUUGAUGUUCCAGGUGCCAAGAAGAGUUCUGACGCCAUGGACGACGAUGAGGCUGAGGGUAGAGAUGCUAACCGUGACGGCCAGCAGCGCAGGGACGACAGAGACUCGGGCGGCAAGGGCAAGAAGGAGAAGAGGGGCGGCCAGAACGUUGAGCGCACGUUUGGCAAGUUUGAAGACGCCUUGCCCCUCUGCAACAGCCGAGCCUUUACCAACGAAUUCUCGCCUCGGGAGUGCAAAUACGGCGAUCGCUGCAAGAUGUGCCACGAUGUGCGCAAGUACCUCGCCGAGGGCCGACGCGACGAUGUUGAAACGUUUGGUGGGAAGUGCCCCGUCUUCGAACAGUACGGAUGGUGCCCGUCCGGCUGGAAGUGUCGAUUCGUUAAGAGCCACAUGGAAGAGGUUGAACGCGAUGACGGACGCAAGGAGCUGGUCUUGGUCAACAGAUCGGCUGAGAACGAAGGAAAAGACGGCGAAGAAAAGGAGGAUGGAACCAAGAGCGACGACAGGGGCCAAGGCGACCACGAUGAGCGCCGUGCUGGCAUUGUCAACGCCGUCCCUUUGAUCGACAAGAUCAACCUCAGUCGCAAGCGCGUCGACUUCACCAAAGCGGACGAGUACAUCAAGUGGAUGAACAAGGAGUCCGUCAUCAACAACGAGUUUCACCACCGCCGCAAGGCGCAGAGCGACGAGGGCAUAGAGGACCUUCGCGCGCGCUUCGUUGACCCGCCGUUCAAGCCCUCCGAGAAGCGGCGUCUCUACUUCGGCCCCGAGACCCCAACCCUUGCUCCCCUCACGACCCAGGGCAACCUCCCAUUCCGACGACUCUGCGUGGAACUGGGCUGUCAGUUGACGUACUCGGAGAUGGCCAUGGGCAUGCCCAUCCUGCAGGGCUCCAAGUCCGACUGGACUCUGCUCAAGGCCCACGAGUCGGAGAUUUCCCCGCCCAAGGUCACGCCGGGCAAGUCGUUCGUCUUCGAUGAUUACAACAACUCGAAAGACCUCAAGUUCGGUGCCCAGAUCUCUAGCAACCAACCCUGGGUCGUCACCAAAGUCGCCGACGUGCUCAACCGCUACUGCCCGCACCUGCGACUCAUCGACCUCAACUGCGGCUGCCCCAUCGACAUGGUCUUCAAGUCCGGUGGCGGCUCGGCGCUUCUCGAGUCGCCGGGCAAGCUGGAGCGCAUGCUGCGCGGCAUGAACGCCAUGUCGGGCGAGAUCCCUAUUACGGCCAAGAUAAGAACGGGUGUGAAGGGCAACCGCCCGGUCGCAACACAGCUGCUCGGGCGCCUCGCGUUUGGCGCCCGUGAGCACCGAGAACGCCUCGGCGCUCCUGGCUGCGCCGCCGUGACGCUCCAUGGACGCAGUCGCGAGCAACGCUACACUAAGAAGGCCGACUGGAGCUAUAUUGGCGAGUGCGCCGCCCUGGUCAAGACAUACAACGAGCAAAAGGACGCUCUCACCGACACGGCCGCCGAGCCCGAUGCCAGCACCCUGCCCAACUCCAAGGACGGGCGCAUGUAUUUCCUCGGCAACGGUGACUGCUACUCCCACUUUGACUACGAGGAGCACAUCUCCAAGGCGCGUGUCGAUAGCGUCAUGAUUGGCCGCGGCGCUCUCAUCAAGCCUUGGGUCUUUGAGGAGAUUGAAAAGGGCCAGUACCUGGACAAGUCGUCGAGCGAGCGCCUCACCUACAUCGAGAAGUUUGUGCGUUAUGGUCUGGAGGCAUGGGGCUCCGACGAGCUGGGCAUCGGCUUCACGCGCCGCUUCUUGCUCGAGUGGCUGAGCUUCACGCAUCGCUAUGUGCCCAUUGGCCUGCUCGAGUACCUGCCGCCGAGCCUUAAUGAUCGGCCGCCGGCGUACAGGGGACGUGACGAGCUGGAGACGCUGAUGGCCUCUGACAACUACAAGGACUGGAUCAAGAUAACGGAGAUGUUCCUCGGCCCUGUGCACCCCGGCUUCCGCUUUCAGCCCAAGCACAAGUCCAACUCCUACGAGGCCGAGGGCUAA